AAAAUAAUCGAAACUCGUGGAAUAUAAAGUUUAUGUGAGCUUUAUAAUCAAUACAAGUUUCUUAGUGUGUUUCAAUUGAUCACUUAAUGUCAAAUAAAAACCACACAAUUGAAAAGUAUGUGUCAAAUUUAAUAGUUAAAAUCCAUAGCAUUCCACACAUACAUCUGAUAAGUAUGGAAAAUGAAUAAAGAAAUUCUAAUCAUACCGGAAGCAUAACGCUGAAAUGGCGUCUGUUAACAGUUUGGAAUCCGUCGUGAUAAAGGAACUUGAUUUACCACGAGAAGUCCUAUCGAUUUUUGAAGGUAAUAUUCUGCAAUUAAUUUGAAAUCAAAUAAAUACUACUAACUCUUCUAUUUAGAGCUAGGUUUUGAUAUGCUAGCUUUAAUUCGCGUAUCAAAAGACGAAUUAACAAAUGCGUUAUUGACGAGCGAAAAUAUCUCUUGGACACAGUGGGAUGUCGAUGAAAUAUUUGGACGUUUGGUUCGUUGGCGACAACAAAACGGCUACGAGAUAAUAGAUUUCACCAAAGUGGAAGUAGAAGAGUUCUGGAUCGAAGAAGCAGGAGAAGAACAACAAAUACCAGUUGAAGAAAACGAAGAAGUAUCCGCGGAGGAGAACAGUCAGGAAAUUUCUCGGGAAAAACAAGUAGAUUCCUGCUACACGAAUACAGCAAAACCUCGCGUGCCUGUCGCUGUCACUGCUUCAAAUCCUCAAGAACCCGGUAAGGAAAAUAAGAUCAAAGCAGUCAAGGACUCAAAUCACAUCAAUUCAGUGAAAUCAAUCAAUUCUCUCGUACCGCUGAACAUCAUUCCAAGAAGGGUUCUGGCCUCCGGAUCUGACAAUACCGUUUCUUCACGAACUGGAUGUCUUCCAGCCGUGCUUGUAGACUGCUCAUCAAAGAAAACUGAUGCACAAAUUUCCACCGACAUCAGUUGUCCGCAACAUAAAAAAUGUUCAGAUUCCGUCGAAAGUUCUGCAACUGAAACCCAUGAAUGUCAUCUCGAUGAUGUUCAAGUAAAAUUAGGAAUAGCCAACGGAAAGAAAACUGCCUCCGAGUUUUCGGUGAUUGAAUGCUCAAAUCACCAUUUCACACCAUCGAUUCUAUCAGGACUGCUGGAUUCCACGAUCACCGGAAAACAAAUCAUAGAGAGAGGAAAUCUGGGUCCAUUGACGACAGAAAGUCAGCGGGAACUGGUUUCAAUCAUCGCUGAUUACCACUACCAGAAGGGAUUACAGGCAUCCGAAAGAAUUCUAGACGAAUACGCUACAUCAAUCACAGCACUCUUUAAAAGUGAAUCGAAGGUAAAUCUAUUUAUGUUAUGAUAUUGAUGUGAUUAUUAACAUUCAGUUACGUUUCAGGAAACCUACUUCAUUGAACGAGGAGGAGCGAAGAAAAAUCCAGGAGGUAAAAUUUAUAACCGGAUCGUCAACAGCAAACAAAAAAUAACUAAGCGGAAGUUGAAGGAGCAGCAACAUUUGAGUGGCUCUAAGAAGAAAACAGACCCGAUAUGUGCUCUGGAUCCAGCUGCAACUGACGCGGUUUUAUGGCUGGGACAAAACACAAAACCAUGGGGAACAACACUGGAAAAAUGGAUAGUAUCGUUCCCUGCCCGCAAACCACAGCUCAUGAAGCCUGACCAGAGCGAGAAACUUUUCAAGGAUUUUCAUCAUUAUGGAGAUGAGUUUGGAUACCAGUUGGUAAGUUGGUAUACUAUAGGUGUACUAUUGACCAAUGCACGGAAUGAUCUCACGAAAAAAAUUGUCGUUUGAGCGGUGCUGCGUUUACUAAAAAUGAACACAUGAUGUAAGGCUUGCGUAACUUUAGAAAAGGGCCAAUCAACUUUUAUUAACAACUUCUUAUGCCCUUUUCACGCGAACCAAAGAACAGCCACGCAAACCAAGAGCUUUAUCGGGAAGGGGAGAAUUUACCCUCCCCGAUGGUGUUGUUGGUUUGCGUGGGCGUACUUCGGUUCGCGCGAAAAGGGCUUACCAAGCUUUGUGUACAGAAGUUGAUGGGCCAUUUUUAAAUGUUACGCGAGCAUUAUCAAUGUGUUCAUUUUUAGUAAACACGGCACUGCUCAAACGUCAAAUUUCUUCGUGCAGU